GCAGAGAUAUCAACAAAACGACCGAAAGAAGGGGAGCCUGCUUCGCCUUCUCUGCGCUCUCUCUCUCUCCCUCUCCUUGUCUCAAACAUCUUACACGACGUGCGCACACGGCGACUUGAUUCAAGUGCUGUGUCGUUGGUCGCUGUAAGUGGACCAAAAAUCUCGUGUAUGUAUAUUAGUUGUGUUUGAUAUUUUUAUUAUUCCCCCACAAAACUGUAGAGGACUACGUCUCUUACAUGUUAAUCUUUACCUGUUCGCCCCACCUACGCUGCUUUUAUUUUUUUCCUUUUCCCUUUUUCUUUUCUUGUUGUGUGUGUGUGUGUGUGUGUGAACUGACGUUGUUUCAGCAAAGGAAAACGACAGCCUUCGUAUAAUUCCCUUCUUACGUGUGUGUGUGUGUGUUUCUGGGUGUUUGCAUUCGUAUUUGCUGAACAACAAACGCGGAGGGAGAAGAGAAAAGCCAAAGUAACGAAACGCGAAGGACUCGCGACCUAACACUCCCCCGUGUAUUUGUGUAUAAAAGUAUAGAAAGACGCAUCUGUGUGGGCACGCCUUUUGGGCAGCUGGUUUUUGCCGUUUUUUUCCGGCUUGUUUGUUUUCUCUUCUUUCCCUGAGCCGCACGAGACGAGGCAGCAAGCCCGCUUCUAUUGUAUCUUCUUUUUUUCUUUCUCUUUUGUUUUGUUGCUGUUGUUGCUAGGGAGCGUAACGCGUUCUUUCUCUCUCUCUCUCGCCUUGCAGAGCCACGUUUGGCCGCACACACCUACACCAACAUAACAAGCAAAAAAAAAAAUAGUAAUAAGGAUACCAGUGAAGCAUAUCUGUAUAUAUCUAAACGAGAGAGCGAGAGAAGCCCAAUUGGAGCUGGCGAAGAGUCCCCUCUGCAUUUUGCGCUGCCUUCUUCCACCGUUCUUUUUCUUUUCUUUUUUCGCGUGUCUUUGUAGCGUGUAUAUUGUGUUGGUGGUUGUGUCGAACCCAAAGUUGUAGCUCGCCGGCUCGCUCUCCUUUUAUCUUUAUCCAAAGAAAAAAGAGAAAAUCCUUUUACAACCAAACUCCACCCUUUUCAUUGAAAUUUUUUUUUCUUCUUUGCUCUUCUUUUUUAUAGAAACCAAACUGCGAACGUAAUUACCCUCUCUCUCUCUAGCCGUCAUGGUACGUAAAGCCGGCCUCAAGGCGGGACCAAAAUCUAGCGCAGCCACGUCCACCACUAGCGGCAAUUCGCGGCCCAACGCCGCGGCGGUUGGUGGAGGUAACGGUGGUCAGCGACGUGGUAGCCGCACCAAUGAACUACAAAACGCGGCCCAGCGUGCAACGUUACUCUUCCAAGUCUACGACUCCGCCGCUGCGUCGGUGCUCGCGGACCCGUCGGGGCAGCUCCCCUCUCCGCCGCCGCCGUCGCUUGCGACGCUGAGCGGGGCCGGUGGGGGACGCGGUGGUGGUGGUGGUGGCAGCGGGGCGGUCUCUGCUGCUGCCGCCGCGCGUGCAGGCAAGGCCAGUAACGGGUCGUCGCCUCGGACAAACGCAUGCGACGAACUCAGCAGCGGCAACACCAAUAGUCACCAUCACCACGGCAGCAACCAUACCAACAGCAAUAACCGCAAGGAGAGGCAUUCCGGGUCGCCACAUAAGCUGAGCGGGGAUGCCACCGCCUUACCGGCGCGUGGGUCGGCCGGGAUGACGGACACCCCGGCGGCGAUGGGGGCGGUAGCGCCACCUCCGUCUCGCAGCAGCGACGACACCGUGUUGCCGCGCCCCUACGCAACAGGAGGCAGCUACGUGAAUGAAAUUCCGCGACUGAGUGUGUCGGAGCCGCUGCCGAAAACGAACACCACGACGGUCGUCUCCGCGGCGUCCCACAGCAGGCGGGUGAGUAAGAAGUCCGGCGAGGCGCAAGGGUCGAAGCAAAAGUCGAGCAGCCGCAGCCUGCCGCGUAAGUCCUCGCAGCUGAGCUCGGACAGCGGCGACAGUAAUCGCAGCGGACGGCCGCGCGCGCUGUCCCUCCCCCGCACCCGCGAGAGCGUCGGGGAAGUGCUACCGCGCCUUCGACCCGUGCGGACAAGCAGUGACAAUGCGGAUAUGAAUUGCAAGAACAUCGGCGACGCGCUGGGCGCCGGCUCCAGUCCGGGCCGCCCACGCGGCGCCCCCGGUGACUCCCAGCGGCUCCUGUCCUUUCCAAGCGCGAAUGCGGGGUCGCUCUCGCCGAAUACCGCCGGGAGUGCGGCAGCGGGCGGUCCGGCCGGCAGGUCGGCGCCGGGAGAUCCCGAGGUGGGCGAGCUGCGGGAGGUGUUGAGUGCGCCGCCGACCAUGUUCUCUUCCUUCACGACGAGCACCUCGCCCCAGCAGAUGCUGCACCGCAACCGCGACCGCAACGGCGGGGCGCGUCCGCGUGAACUCGCGGAGUUGCCAGUGGAGUUGGAGGCGCUGUCGGAGGGCGGCGGUGAUCGCGGUGGGGGUGCAGCGGUGGGUGCCGUUGCACGCCGGCACAGCAACGGUCUGCUAACGCGCUCGGUGAACGCCAAGGUCCCCACUCCGCCACCGUUUCCCUUACCGGAGAAGGAUUCCACCAAGAAGGGUAAAACAGCGCCGCUAGACGACAAGUACGAAAACUUCGACGAUGCCGACGACGAAAUCUGGGGCGACCCAGAGACGAGCCAGACGGACCCAACGGGGCACAUGUUUAGCAGCACGCAGCUUCUCUCCAGUCUCCGGCCGAAUCCACGGAGUGACGCGGCGGUGGCGGCGGCGGGUGGUGGAACUCCAGCGGUGCCGUCACACGCUGCUCGUCCGCAGCCGUCUCGCCCCGCCGCACGGGACGCCUCCGCGGGUGCGUGUGCAGCGUCGCCGACGUACAAGUUCAACGUCGUGCUGAGCAGCGGCAAGACGGGGACGAUACCGAUUUCGCCGAUCGCCGGCAGCGGCUGCGUGCAGGGGAUGCGCCCAACCAUGGAAGACGCGCACUUCAUCGAGCUCAACGCGACGCACGUGCGCGGGCAGCCGCUGUCGUUGAUGGCGGUGCUGGACGGUCACUGCGGCCGGCACGUGGCGGACCUCGGGGCGAAGUGGCUGCCUUAUUUCGUUCUGCACCACCCUGCGCUUGGCGAGAACAACGCCCUCGCGCUUGUGGAGUCGAUCCUCCAAACCGAUCGCGAGAUUUUCCACAUAUUGCAGGCGAAGAAGCGCGAGCUGGAGCAGCAACGCAAGUCGGGGCGUAACACCGGCCGUCGUCGACGCGAUAUGUACGAGGAGAUGCUGGAUGAGACAACGGGUGCGAAUGGCGGCUCGACGCUGAUCACGGCGGCGGUGUGCGGCCGCAUGUUGUACGUCGCCUGCCUCGGCGAUGCGAGGGCCGUGCUCUACGACGGGCAGACGACCAUUGCCAUGAGCGAGGACCACAAGCCCGGCAACACGGACGAGACACGUCGCAUUGCGAAGUGCGGCGGUUUUGUGCAGUUCGGCCGCGUCUGUGGCAUUUUGGCGGUGAGCCGCGCCUUGGGCGACUUCGAGUUCAAAUUUCAGCCCUCGUCGACGUCGGACGAGGAGGGCUUGCUGACGGACUUUCCUUUCGGUUUGCAGCGGGAAGGAGAUAGCGCCGCCGCAGCAGCAGCAGCGGCGCCGCCUCCCCCACCGCCACCGCCGCCUCCCUCUGCGUCUCCAGCGAGUACCUCUCCCCCGAAUUCGCAGACAAACCGCCGCUUUAUCUCGAACCGUGAUUUAAUGGUGAGUAACGUGGCCGAUGUGCGGCAGCUGAACCUCACCGACGCGUCGGCAUUUUUGCUGCUCGCCUGCGAUGGCCUGUGGGAUGUAUUAAGCAACGAGGAGGCGACGGAGUUCGUGCGCGACUUCUUGAGUUACACACCGGAUGUGUGCGACCCCCGCAUCCUCUCCGGGGAGAGGCCGCGUCCCUCGCCCGAGGCGAUUCGGCGGGUGCUGAACAACUGCUGCCAGAAGCUGACGGAGUUCGCGGUGGACCGCGGCAGCAUGGACAACGUCUCGGCGAUGGUACUGUUCUUCCACGACGUCGUGGACACGGUGGCGCGCUUCAAUGGGCGGCAGUCCGCCUCGCGGGAGAGCCGCAGCAGCAACAACAGCGGCGCGACGGGCAGGGAAAAUUCGCGUGGUUUGCGUGGGCGUCCGGGGCAGGGCCGCGGCUCCACGCAGUCGUCGCUGCCUUCGCCUCCGGCCUUUGAACUCACAAAUAAUCAGGUGAAGGUGCGCAAUGGCCGUGUUGUUUCCCGACGCUAA